AUGAAAUAAUCUGUUUUAUUAGAGAUGCAACUCAAAGAAGCCCUCGAUAGAGAGAUCAAUCUAAAGAUGCUGAAUGAAUCCUUAAUGUAAGCCAUGAGUGGCCUGGCAAAUCAAGACAAGGGCAAAGAAAUUCAUUUAUUAAAUUAACUGCAUGAAUAGGAACUAUCCAAACUAAAAAUCACUCUUCAAGAAAAAAUAACAAUCCUAGAAUAUGAAGUAAGAUCGAAAUACUAUUUUAAGCAUCGCAAGAAAUGUCAAGAGUUUGCACAAUUGUAAAAAGAUUAUAACCAAUUAAAAUAAGACUAUGAAGAGAGAGAAUAAUAGUAUGUAUUGUCAUUAAUUAGAAAAUGUCUCAGGUGCGUUGAAUUGUAAUAUUAAUUGAGUUUGAUCAUAAAAUAAAAUGAAGUUGAAAAAGAAGGACUUGCUCAUGAAUUUACAGAGGCCCUCAGCAAUCAGAAAUCUAUUUUUGAAUACGUAUUCCUAUCGCAUUUAUUCAGAAGGAGUUGAAUUGCCACAAAUAAAAACUCAAGGAUCUCACUUACUAAUUAGAUUGCGAGUGUAAGGAGAAGGACAAAUUGUAAAAUACUAUUCAAUAAUUAAAUAAGACUUACGAUUAAGCAGUAAAUAGUACUUAUAGAUUAGUAAAGAAGCUUAAUGUAACAAAUUGCGGAUUUAAACAGAUCACAUCAUGAAACAAUAAUUUAGAAUAAUCAACAUCAAAUGAAUAACCAAUAGAGAGAAUAGAUAUAAACAGCCAAGCUUUCACAAAAUGAAUAAGAGAAACUAAAUUUGGAAAAGUAACUCCUAGACUACAAGUAAUUAGUUUAAUCUAUAACUAAUAUAGAGAGAUUAAUUAUAAAUUGGAUUCUUAACUUAAAAUAUUGAAUCAGCAAUUGCUUGAUAAAGAAACUAAAUUAGUUGAAUAAAAAACUGAAUUAACAAAAAAGUUGCAUAAUGAAAAAAAAAUUGCAGAGUAAUGUUAAGUUGUAGCUCUCAAAUUAAAAAAUGAUUUUCAAAGGAAAUAGUCUCUCUUAAUAGAAGAUUCUCUUAAAAAAGAAUAACAAUUAAAAACCAUUUAAACUCAACUUACUAGGUAAAAGAGCAAGAAUAAAUUUUAUGAAAAUGCUCUUAGUUAAGCCAACUUCUAAGAAAUUAAGAAUGGCACUCCUAAAUAAAUUAAGCAUAAAAAAAAUAACCUUUCCAAUGAUUACAAUCCUUCUCAUUAGUCAAGACAUUAAAAGGUAAAUCAUCUCAUUAUUAAAGAAUACUUUAAGCCAAGGAAAUAUUGGACAAAUUAAAUUAUAGCCUUCCACAAUUCUUAGAAGUGAAGCAGACUCUAUUCAUUUUAAUCUAACCGAUAUGUUGAAUUCAACAAGAAACAUUGAUUAACAAACACUAUCUUGUCGAUAAUCUAAUGAUGAUAUCACUUAUAAUAUUGACCAAUUUAAUGGCAAAAUUGUAUUUAUUUUAUUUUUAAGUCUUAGAUCUAAACCAACGAAGAUUCAGUCGCCCCAACAUAAAUCUUAACGGAUAGGCAAUUAUCUCCCAGAACUAGAAGUACUCUCUUAUUUAUAAUGUAUAAUAGUUCAAACAGUGAAUCCUAAGGGACCUAUUUCAAAAGUACGAUAAAUACAGGCAGAUUUGUCUAAAGAAAAUACUAUCGUAAGACUUAAAUCUUGA